AUGUCCAAAAACAAACAACGAUUAUAUUUUUUUGAUUUUGUUGCCAAAAGUAUUGAAUUUUCACCAAAUUAUAUCUACUCCGGUAAUAUUGCCUUGGAUAUUCAAUUUUUAAACUAUGACGAUAAAAGAAUUUUCAAUCGUACUGUACAACAUUCGUCAAAUCCAUUACAGCUAAAUGAAGGCAGAUCAUUCAUGUUUGCACUCAAUCGAAAAUUGGCAUCAGUUGUUGCUGAGAAAUUUAUUAUUCAAGCUACCCUCCAAAAAUUUGAUCACGUAGCUGACAUUUCCAUUUUUAUACGAUUGUAUACUUUAGGCCCGAAUGUCGUUAAUGAAUUUGCCUUAGAUGGAAAUGCUGGUAAACAAUUUUCUUUUGUAACGACUAACUGCAAAAAUUGUCCAAAUAUACCAGACGCACAAUUAAAAAAUAUACCUUCAUAUAAAGGAAAUAAAAAUGACGAUGAAGAUUGGAAAAUUGUAUGUGCAGAGCUGAAUGGUCAAACAAUUGCCAUUAAAUACAGAAAAAGUCAAUAUAAUCUCGAAACUGGUAUACCUCAAGAACAAUGUAAAAAUAAAUUAGCACCAGAGUCAACAAGAAGUGAAGAAAAAUUAAACACAUACUUUUUAUCUCUAAUGGAGGAAAUGCAUAAUAUAGCUACAAUGACAGCACUAACAACCUCUACAACACCGCUUGCAUCUUCUGAAGAAUCUAUACAAACUGUCAGUAAAUAUAGAAAAUCACAAUCUCAUCCAAAUUCUAAUACUGAUAUCAAAAUUAAUGCAAAAAAAAAAAACAAAAUUAGUAUUACCUAAUCUAUUAAUCCAAUCAAAUAAUUACCGUGUA